AUGGCACAGGUGAACUCCCAGGACAGGUGGGGCGAGGUGUCCCCUCUGGGCAGCUUGACUGAGGAGGCUCAUGACUCGCAGAUACUGAGCAUGAACUUAGAGAGUGAGGAUGAGGAGGCAGGAGAUAAAGGAGACAGUGGUGACCUGGUAGCCGGUCCCAGGGGCAGCUCCCUAGUAACUCACAACACUCCUGACUUGCUGUGGCAGCAUUCACCUGGCAAAAAGAAAGAGAAAUUCCCUGACUCCUUCAGUGCUGGGCGUGUGGGGCGGAAACUGUUGGAUAUGCCUGAGAAGGAGGCCAGUUGGGGAAGAGAUGAGUCAAAGAUCACCCAGACCCAGGACUCUCCCAGAGCAAGCUUGGCUCUGGGUGCCCUUCCCGGUGGCCUCUCUCGCAAGUUGUUAGUUUGUACACAACCUCCUAGGGACUCACUACCCGCGGAAGAUGAUGGAGACUCGAUGGCAAACCAAGACGCAACCUUGGAUGUCCCAGCCAGCUUCGCUGGCACAGGAAAGUAUCUCUGUGCACAGAAAGGUGUAGACAUGUCCCCAGAUGACUCCACUCCGGAGUGUUUCCCCACGCCAGGCAGCAGUUGGCACCUCCCCACGCAGGGGACACGCAUGCACGCUCAGGGGUCGGCCUCGCCAGCCAGCCUGGCAGCCGCGAUGCUGGCGAAAGCGCGGAUCGGCAGAAAAGGCCAGAAUCAGUCGUGCGCUCCGCAGGGCGCGCAGGCGGAGGCGCGUCCCUACGGGGGCCUGCGGGGCGGGCGGGCCUUCCAGAAGCCCAGCAAGCUGCUGAGCCCCGCGGAGACGCGCGGCGGCGCCAAGCCUCACGCGUGCGAGCUGUGCGGGAAAGCCUACUCCCACCGGGGCACGCUCCAGCAGCACCGGCGCCUGCACACGGGCGAGCGGCCCUACCGGUGCCCCUUCUGCGACAAGGCCUACACCUGGUCCUCCGACCACCGCAAGCACAUCCGCACCCACACGGGCGAGAAACCCUACCCGUGCCCGGACUGCGGUAAGGCCUUCGUGCGCUCCUCGGACCUGCGCAAACACCAGCGCAAUAUGCACAGCAACAACAAGCCCUUCCCGUGCGCCGAGUGCGGCCUGACCUUCAACAAGCCGCUGUCGCUGCUGCGCCACCAGCGCACGCACCUGGGCGCGAAGCCCUUCCGCUGCCCCUCCUGCGACCGGGAGUUCGCGGUGGCCAGCCGCAUGGUGGAGCACCAACGCGUGCACUCGGGCGAGCGGCCCUUCCCCUGCCCCACCUGCGGCAAGUGCUUCACCAAAUCCUCCAACCUGUCCGAGCACCAGACUCUGCACACCGGCCAGAGGCCCUUCAAGUGCGCCGACUGCGGCGUGGCCUUCGCGCAGCCCUCGCGCCUCGUGCGCCACCAGCGCAUCCACACCGGCGAGAGGCCCUUUCCUUGCACGCAGUGUGGACAGGCCUUUGCCCGCUCCUCCACCCUGAAGCGGCACCAACAGAUCCACUCCGGGGAGAAGGGCUUCCUCUGCGCCGAGUGCGGCAAGGCCUUCCGCAUCUCCUCGGAGCUGGCCCAGCACAUCCGGAUGCAUAACGGGGAGAGGCCCUACCAGUGUGAGGACUGUGGCCAGGCCUUCACCCGGUCCAAUCACCUCCAACGACACCGAGCCAAGCACGGCACCUGCAAGAAGGAGCUCAUCCCUUCCUCCUCUGAUGAGUGA